AUGAAGACGGCGGCUGAGUUCUUCUCCAUCAUCCUCAUCAUCUUCAUCGCUGAAGUGGCAGCAGGAGUCGUGGCUCUGGCCUACGCCUCAUUCGCCGAGGGGAUCCUCAGGGCGUGGGCCACCCCCGCUCUACAGAAUGAUUACGGCAGUGAGCCUGUGGUCACGUCGACCUGGAACACCACGAUGACCGAGCUGAAGUGCUGCGGAUUCACCAACUACACCGACUUCCUGGGCUCCUCGUUUGAGAAGCAGACCGGAGGCAGCCUGCCGCCCGACUGCUGCCGGGCCCGCAGCGCCCCCUGCAGCCCAGGAGAGGCCGAGCGCAGCAAUGUGCAGGGCUGCUUCCAACAAAUCCUGGAGACGCUGAAGAAGCAUGCCAACAUCGUGGGAGGCAUCGCAGCAGGAGUCGGAGUCUUAGAGCUGGCCGCCAUGAUCGUGUCCAUGUACCUGUUCUGUCACCUGGACGGCAGAGUGAGCUGA